AUAUUCAGCCCUUUCGUGGAUUGUCAAUAUAAAGUAACCGUAUAAAAGUAACGAGUGUGUAAAAUUUUCUGCUGUGUCUACCUGCUCCGGACGGAGCUGAUUUCUUAAAUUUACAAUUAAUCGGCACAAAUAUAUUCCUGUAGCUAUGGAUUUGAUCUGUAAAGGGCAGUUGUUCCUGUUAUAAAUACUUCGCACGCGCCUUUUCGUAGAAACUAUUUUCUAUUCAAGCAUUAUUAUCGAAGGAUCUACUUCGUAGGUUUUCGGUAUGUGAUUUCUGAGAACCGAAUCGCUUAAAACGUAGUAAUUUGUAUGAGUUUAUAUAUAUUCCAUUGAAAAGUCGUUCGGUACAUCCGUUUUACUUGUGAAAUAUAAGUUACAUACUAACAAUUACAUGAUCAUAAAUGUGGCUAGUUCUUUUGUGUAUAAAAUAAUUUAUAUGGUCAUGAUUUCUGGACAUCGAAUUCGUUUUUUAUGUGUUCAUGUUUGUGUGUAACUUAAAAAUGUGAAUAAAAGAGAUACAUAUAGAAAUUGAUGCCAGCUGUCAAAAGAAUCAGCUGUCUUUUAGGCAUUAUUUUUUCGCAACCAGUGAUGUAUUAUUUUAGAAGUAUCAAUUUAUUAAUUCCUUCGUAAGAAAUCUGGGUCCCGAACGUUUGGUUAGAGUAAAAUCCUUCGGUCCAAAUAAAAUUCUUUCUACAUAUUUAUGUGCAUUUAUAUGCAAAGAACGUUUUGGUGGCUUAUAUCAACGCAAAUCCUAGCAUAAACCUUAAAGCCAAUCUGUUAUAUUCAAGUCAUGCCCAAUAGUAACGACUUUCUAGCGGGACACACAGAAAAUAUUUUAAAAAAUACAUCGUUAAUCAUCGGAAAAUUGAACUUCUCGGCAGAAAUGGCAGCAAGUAAAAGUGGUAGUACGCCCUCUGAGGCACAGCCCUCUAGCAAUACAAGCAAAAAUACUGAAAACUCAUUAAUAAAGCACCAGGGACAAAAGUGGCAACAAGUCUUUGAUUUCGAUAAAAUGCUAAAGCAAUUGCGAUCAUCUACUUCUGAGAAGCAACAUCAUCGGAGCAAAAAUGAUACAUCCUCGUCCAGUAAGAGUUCUUCAUCUAAUUCAUCUAGCCAAUCGUCAAAGUCGGGCAGUUCAUCUAAUAGUAAAAAUGGCAGGUCUAUACGCCAAGUACAGCGUUUAAAUGGCAAUGAUAUGCAUUAUUAUGGCAUAGCACCCAAGAAAGCAUCGGCUGGUGUUAUCGUUUGCAGCAUUUGUCGCGGUAUUUACACUAUGGUUGGCUUCAGUAAUCAUAUGAUAAUGCAACAUCCCACAGCCUGGGGAGCCAUCUCAUCCAAACUGACACUAACAACAUCUAACGAAAUGUUCAAUAUAAUAUCGAAUGAUAAUAGUCAAGACUGUUUACGAGAUGUUGCCGGCUCAACAGCACCAACUGAUAUUCUUGGCUCACCGUCAGAUCUAUCUGGCAUAAUGUCGACAUCAUCAAAUGCGUCGUCAUCCUCAUCAUCCAUAUCGACAACAUCAUCUACAUAUGCUGCAACACCACGGCAUAAAAGCAGCAAAAGUAGUGGAGGCACAACGGCUGGGAGCAGUUCAUCCGGUGGUAGCAGCAGCACAAGUGGCAGUCGGUCGCGGAGUAAACAAUCGCGACAUGGUAGCAAUAACAACAACCAUCACACAGCAUCGGUCGGGAUUCAUACGUCCGGCAGCGCCGCCGGUGCGGAGAAUACGCAAGCGCAAAGCAAAAGCUCGAAGAAAAGUAACAACUCCAAUAGCAGUUCAAGCUCUAAUGCAAAUACCAACAGCAAAACGGAAAAUACAAGUAAUGCACCGACAUUAGUAGCAACCACAGCGUCAAGUACAGUAAACGCUACUUUAGUAACGAAUAGCGGUAAAAAUAGUAAGGAGUCAGCAGCAAGUCUAGUAGAUACAGUGGUAACAACACCAAUCGCAAUUUACUCAUCAUCAUCGAAUUCGUCAUGCUCAUUACCACCAACACCGAAAUUAAGCACACCCCUAACUGAGGUAAAAAGCCCUGCUUUCGUUGCACAAGAAUCUGCCGAGUCGUCAGUUUCUAGUUCUAGCAUAGAUUUUGAACGUUUAACCUCCACUGGCAAAUCUUUAUCAGCCAAAUUAGCAACGAAUGCUUCGGGGAAAACUACAAAGACGAUUGCCAGUAUUUCUUCUACGCUGGCUUCAAGAGACUCCUCGAAAGCUGCUGUAAGCAAAGAAAUGAGUCGCUUUGAACCAGCACGGCUAACUGAACUCGAUCACGCAGUAUCCUCAAUAACUGAAAACACUACUAAAUUAGCCGACAAAAAAGUCGAUGUUAGUAUUAAAAAUAUCAUGGAGGGCAAUGCCAAUAUUGUAGCAGCUGGCACCAACAAUAUUUUCCAAAUUCCUACUACCACCAUAAUUGCUGAUAAUAGCAAGGAAAAAUUGCAGACUGUGUCUAUGAUGCCUACAUCAUCGAACAACAACAACAUGAAUGUUCAAACGGUGUUGCCAGCAAACUAUGUAGUAUCACAGGACGUGGUACAAAACUGUGAGGAGCCACUACCGCAUAACGCCUCAGAUGAUAAUUCCAUUUUAACAUUUGAUGAUAUGUUCGAUAGUAAAUUUAUCAAUGAAAUACUUAGCACGGCUGAUACGGAUAUACAGUUCGAUGAGAAUGAAUUGGAUAGGGCAACUGUAGCACAGCAGCAGCAGCAACAACAACAACAGCAACAGGUGCAAGAACAACAUCAAGUGUAUCAGCAACAGGUGUCACAUUCGGCCAAGCGCAUGCGCUAUGAUGAGAGUUUAUUGGCUAAUGGGCAGCAACAGCAACAACAGCAACAUAUAUUGCAACAACAACAGACACAUUCGAGUGUUGAAAUAACGGGUGAAUUUGUCACCUAUCAACAGCAGCAGCAGCAGCAGCAUCAACAACAACAACAGCAGUAUGUACCCUAUAAUGUGACGACGCUGGAAGAUUUGAAAUUGUUCAAUAGUGCAGGACAGUUGGUGGAACCGCAUCAACAACAAAUGCAGACACUUUUGCAACAUGGCACAGAACAGCAGCAGCAACAACAACAGCUUACUGCUAUCGAUGCCAUGCAAUUGCAGCAACUGCUCUACCAACAACAAACAAUAAAUAGCCACUAUGACACUAACAUGAUUGACAACACUACAGACCCAAAUGCUUUAGCUUUACAGCAACAACAACAGCAAUAUGAUCAAAGUGGCGUGGUUAGUGCAAAACAAUUGAUGGAGAUGUGCGCCACUGUGGACAUGAAACCAAAUAAAAUGAGCGAAUUUACAGCUGCCGCAUAUGAUAACUGUUAUGACAAUAUGGCAUCGCACUUCCAGCUCUGCAAUGUGCCCUCACUCACAGAUGACAAUGCAGACGCAGUGGUAGAGCAGGUAAAUACUGACAAUGAAGGUGGCAUGCUAAUGCCCAACAUUGUGAACGGUAUGCAACGAGGCACACAGCAAUACGUGCUCCCGGGUGGUGCCGGGGAGGAUCACUUAAUAUAUGAAAUAACCGAUAAUAAUCAAGUAGCUGUUAUUAGCCAGCAGCGACAGCAACAAAUGUUAAAUGAAUUCUUAACACAAGCCAACUAUGAACAGGUAACAACCGAUAUGAACGUCACCACUGGUCCUACGGCUUUGGAUGCAACGCAUGCCGAUGGCGCAACAUUAUUGCAACCACAAAAUAGUGGUGGUAACGCUACUAUGACGAAAGAGGAAAGUGCUGCUGAUGUUGAUGAGGAUUUACUCGAUUUCGAUUACUCACUGAUGGAAACAUAUAAAACGUUGAGCAGCAGUGGUAGUGCUGGUGGUAGCAGCAGUUCCAGCGGCGGCAGCGGCAGCGGCAGCAACUCAAAAGCCAUUAAAACCGAGGGCAAUAUUAGUGCCAGCAACAGCGGUAAAUACUAUGAUGACGGUUAUUUGAACACCUAUCUCUACCCAGGUGUACCCAAGCCGAGUGCUGUGAAUUGCUUUGGUCUGGUCAAAUUGCCAUUCGCUGCAGCAACAACAUUUAGAAAACACAUUUUAAAUGCACGCAAAGCCAACAACAGUCCCAUUACACUGAGCGGUGGCGGCGGCAUUAACGGUAUUGUGUGUUCGAACUCUUCCACAUCUGCGCGAUUGACCAGCAACACAAAGUCGAUGCAAAAUUAUUUCUCAAACUUAACUUCAACGUCCAACUCUUUGGGCGGUAAUGAGUUUUCGAUUGGCAGUAUUACCAUAACGAACUCAUCGUCUUCCCAAAACAAUUUAUAUGCAGCACAUCAGAAGCAACAAAACGCUGGAAGCAAUAAUACCAGUGGUGGUGGUAAUAGUGGUAAUGUAGAAAUAACUUUCAAUACCAAUUCCAAUGGCUGCGGAUCGGCCAUGUCACCGGUCUCAACCUUGCAACGUUCGCGCACCAAAUCCGGAAAUUCAGCGUCGCCAGCUGCCGGCAGCGUUGGUGCCUCUUGUGGCGGCGCUACACUUGUGCGUAGUAAAUCUCAAACUGGCGCACCUAUAGCCAUAGUCGCACCCACUAGUCGCUUACCGCCACCACCACGUCCCAGCACCGCGGGCCCUGUGCUGGCACAAAGCAAUAAGACGAUUUUUAUUGGGAACAAUACGUCGAUGAAUGGCAAUGAUCGUGUUAAAUUCAUUAAACGCUGCAUGCCGCUCACCAAUAGCAACAAUACUAACAACAACAGCAGUAGAUUAGAUACCGCCAAGCGGCAAAAGUUCUCACCACGUCAGAUUGCUGAUUUUUUGGGUGGUGUUAGUAAUAAUAACAACAACAACGGUAGCAAGCAGCAAAAACCAUCGUCCGCACAAAACGCCGAGGUCGGCACUAAUGGUAACAGCGGUAAUAAUAACCAUGACGCUGUCACCAACAACGCCAGCCUCACCACUAACUACAACACAGCCAGUGCAGACGAUCAAUUGAAGCUCGAACGCGUCGCUCACUUUUACGAACGCCGCCGUAAACUCUAUGACAUGGCGCGUAAUAGCCGUCAGCAGCAGCAGCACCAUCAACAACAACGUUCACAACAACAACCACAUGUACAGCAAAAGUUGUUGAAACAGCAACAGCAACUAUUCAAAAUGCUCACAGACUAUGGCCAAUUGAAUGCGGUAGUGGGGAAUUGUAAGGGCGCUAACGCAAAUACAAAUCCCGGCAGCAACAACAACAGUGGUAGCGAAGUUCUACGAAUAUCCGUUUGAAGCGGCAUUGAACGGCCCAAUAACAGGAUAUUGGGAACUGAAAGAACAAAGUGGCGGCCGAACAAAAGUAUAAUAAUGAAUAUAAAAACGUAGAUUUUGGGAAUGUGUUUAAAAAAAAUUUACAUGCAUCAUACGUAUUUUAAUUUAAAUAUAUAAUUUAGGUUUAUAAAAGUAUACAGCAAAGAAAAAUAACUGUGGCGCUGGUAAAAUGCAUGUUGUAGCCCAAACUGAAGUCUUUGUACGAAAAACAAAUUGAAAAGCUGAACUCGCUGAUAAAAAUUCAAUAAUUUAGUAUUGCUUUAUAUGAAAAUGCUAGAGUGGCAAACAACACCGGCGUCAUAGCAUUUGUGUAGCAUAAGAAUUUGCGUAGUCUCUAAUAUAUAAUACUAUGUAUAUUUAAGUUGCUUAGAUACAUUUAUGUUUUUCUGCUUGCUUAGAAUUAAGUUUUUUAUCGAACGCUAAUUUUAUCGUAUUUAUGUAUUAUAUGCUGUAUUGCAAUUAAACUACAAAACCCAUAUUCAUUUAGGUAUAUGUAUGUAAUUUGUACAUAUUCAUACAUAUUUUUAAUUACAGAAUGCGCAAUUUCUUCAUAAUUAUUAUGUAUUAUUUAUCUUCCCGCAUUAUGAUCCAAUCUGAUUUAUUUUACAUGCUUCAAAUCAAUACAGACUGAAAGGUUCUUAAGCCUAUUUCUACAAAUACAUACAAAAUGAAAGUAAAUAAACGAAAUUCAAAC